AUGUAUAAAGUUCAAAAAAAUAACUACAGUAAAAGAAUUUGCACACUCUUGUAUAAUUUAGAUCUCUUUGCAUAAGAAGUAUAACUCAGAAUAAAUAAAAAUGAUAAAUUUUUUACUCCUCUUGGAAUAAUAAUGUCACUGAUUUUAAUCACACUUUCAUUAAUAUUAGCAAUUAACAAUAUAAUAGAUGUUGUUUAAAAAACAAAUCCAUCUGUUGUCUCCUCUGAUCAACAAGAUUAAGAAACUCCAGUAAUUGUUAUUUAUAAUAUAAAAGAAUUUUUUACUUUUGCCAAACAAUUUUACUUUUGUAAUUAGCGUAAAUAAAUUUACUCUAGAUAACAUUUAUGGACUUGAUACCUUAUUUAGUUUGUAGUUUACUUAUUGUUUUAGAAAGAGAGACCCUGAAACUAGAAAAAUAAGUUAAGAAUGUUAAAAUUAUAGUAUGAAUCCAUGUGAAGAUAGAAAUUUUUAAGCUUAAUUUUAAAAAACCUAUUUUUAACAAUUCAAUAAAAGUAAUAUUUAUUGCAUCAAUCAUGAUGAAUGGACUGCAAAUCCUUUUGUAAAACUUUAAACAAUAUUUUAAUAGUCAAUUAAAGGAAGCGCUGCAUCUAAUGAAUUUAAAUAUCUUAAAUUUAAUUUACUCGUUUGUUAAAACAAAACCAAUAAUAAUACAUGUUAUCCAAAAGAUUAUAUAUAAGCGAAUAUGACAGGAGGAUUAUUAGUUUAUUAUGUUCAAGAUUAACUAUUAGAUUUAAAAUAACCAGAAUAAUUCUUUGUUCCAGCUAUUCGUCAAGGUUCUGCAAUAUUUUCUUAAAAAGCUUAAAAAACAAUAGUUGCUUACCAUAAAACUAUAUAUGUUGAAACAGAUGUUGGUUUAUUCAUAGAAGAUUUUUAAGAAAAAAAUAGUUUUUAAAGUUUUUUAGAAAAAGAGUCAUCAGAUGUAGUUGAUACUAAUAAAUUAAUAGAAUAUGUUUAUCAAUUAGAUCCUAGGUUUGAUAUUUUAUUAACUUAGAUAAACUUUUUAUGAUAGAUCAUAUCCUAAGAUAUAAGACAUAAUUGGUACUAUUGGAGGUUUAUGGCAGGCUCUAUAUUUUACUAUUUCAAUUCUAAUUAUGCCAUUUGUUUAAGGAUUUAUGGAAUUAUGUUUAAUCAAUAAAUUUUUUAAUUUUUCUUACAAAGCAGAUGCAAUUUAUGAUGAUUGUUCCAUUUCUUAAAAUAGAAGUCAUUUAUUUAGUCCUCCUUAAUCUAAAUCAACUAUUAAGAAAUCGUUUACUAAUUAAAAAUUGUAAGUUGAUAAAAUUACUGAUACCUCUUAGAUUGCAAAAUUUCUAAGGGAAAGAAAACAUUUAUUAAAAUUAAAUCUUUCUGAUUUAUGUGGUUUUAUGUUGGGUAGUUAAAAAAAAUAAAGAAAAUAAUUUGAGUAUAGUUAAAAUAAAAUUCAAUAAAAAUUGGACAUAACAGUAAUUAAUUCAAUUAAAUAUAGUUUAUAUUAAGUAAACUAUUCGAAAUAGAUAAGUUAAAGAUGGUUUUGUUUAAUGAUAACUAGCUAAAAUUAUUCAAUUAUUUUCCAAAACCAUGUGUUUCAGAUGCUUUAAUACUCAGUUAAGAUAAUAGUUUGUUAGAAAACUAGGAAUAAAAAAUAGAAUUCUCAUAUCUUCUGAAAGAAGAAAUUACUCAUGAAAUGAAGGUUUAAGAAGCUUAUAAGGCUUAUAAGAAAAUAAAGAAACUUCAUAAUAAGGAUUAAUUAGACUAAAAAAUAAUUAAUCAUUUGGAUUAAGAUCUAAAAAAUCUAUUUGAUAGUCUUAUUGAAAUAGAUUUAUCUAAAGCCUCAUGUGAUAGUAUUAUAUAUAUAAUUAAUUAUUAAGUAUGCGAAGCUUAAAUAUUAGAUGAAUCAAAAUAUUAGCAUAUUAUUACAACAUAUAAGACACAUGAGAAACCACAAAUAAAAUAAAGUAGCUGAGAUUUUCAAUAAAUGGUGG